CUAUGGAACCUCCGCAACCCUGUAGGCUUGGAAGGCUUAAAUCCACCUUUGGAGAGGCCUUUUCCAUUCCAAAUGAUUUGCUGGCUUAAGCGCUUAAUUAGGAUGGCUUUAGAACAAGUGGGAUUAAACAUGGAAUCGGUGCUUUGGUCAAGCAAGCCUUAUGGUUCUUCUCGAAGCAUCGUAAGAAAAAUUGGUACUAACCUCUCUCUUAUACAGUGUCCACGAGUUCAGUUUCAGCUUACUUCUCAUGCCACAGAAGGAAACCAUCCUAAUCAACUUAGAGAAGAUGCAGUGGCCUCCUUUGCAGAUGUGGGAUGGGUUGCUCAAGAAGAAGGUGAAGUCUCUACAAGGCUCAGGUCAGAAGCUUGGUCAAAACCAGCCCAGCCUCUUCCAGGUGAGCUGCAUCAUUCGGGAAAGUCCCCAUGCAGACAGAGGUCCUUAGAAAACCCGUCAGAAGAAGAACCGGCAUCCAGGAGCAUGGUGACCGCAAAUGAAGAAGCUCUGCAGAAGAUCAGUGCUCUGGAAAAUGAACUAGCCACUUUAAGAGCACAGAUAGCCAAAAUUGUAAUCUUGCAAGAACAACAGAACCUGACAAUAGUUGGGUCAAGUCCAGUUGCUUCAGCUGCUGUCCCUGUUGCACCACCACCUCCUCCUCCUCCUCCGCCACCACUCCCUCCCCCAGGGCUACAACGGAGUAUGUCUGCAAUUGAGCUCAUUAAAGAAAGGAAAAACAAAAAAACGAACUCUGGACAGAAUCUGACUGAAAAUGGGCCAAAGAAGCCUGAAAUACCAAACAUGCUAGAAAUCCUCAAAGACAUGAACAGCGUGAAGCUACGCUCAGUGAAAAGAUCACCAGAAGGUACAAAAUCCAAAGCGGCUGACCCUACAGACCCUGCGGCGUUAAUAGCAGAAGCGCUCAGAAAGAAAUUCGCUUAUCGAUACCGGAGCGACAGCCAAAGCGAAACAGAAAAAGUGAUUCCAAAGACUGAAACAAAGACAAAGACUGAAGUAGUGCUGUUUGGACCACACAUGCUGAAGUCUACAGGAAAAAUGAAGACUUUAAUUGAAAAAUCCUAAUGUGUUAAGAUCACUGCGCGAAAGACUCUUGAGCUGUUCUGUCUGAAAUAUUUUAUGUUGCAAAUAGCACUAGUACUGAGUGGUCUCUUACAACACAGGAAAAACCUUAUGUGAAAUACAGAAUUGAGGCACUAAACAUGUUUGUAUGUAUGUGAUUUAU